AUGAGUCUGGCCGCUCCAGGCUUGCUUCCCAAGGCGGCCGCCCCGCUCCGUAUCCUCGCUGCAUCGAGGCCGUCUUGUCAAGUCUAUCCCGAACGUUCGCAGUCGACUCUCCAAUCCAGACAACUACACACUGCUCCCUCGACCAGAUCUGCCCGCCAUGUGCCCCGUCGACCUUCUCAAGCCAGGACCUUCCACGCCACUGCUCCGACGCUGGCCAAGGACCCCUAUGCCGCUCUCGGAGUAAACAAAUCUGCUUCUACUGGAGAAAUCAAGAAGGCCUACUACGGUUUGGCCAAGAAAUACCACCCCGACACCAACAAGGACGCUGGUGCCAAGGAAAAGUUCGCCGAAGCCCAGGCCGCCUAUGAGACUCUCUCCGACCCCAAGAAGAAGGAAGCAUACGAUACCUACGGCUCUGCCGCUUUCGACCAGAGUGGAGGCUUCAAUCCCGGCGCCGGCGCUGGAGGCAAUCCUUUUGCUGGUGGCGGUUUCGGCGGAUUUGGAGGCUUCGGAGGCGGUGGUGCUGGAGGUGCUCAGGGCUUUGGCGACAUCAACUUCGAGGAUCUAUUCAGUGCGUUUGGUGGAGGAGGUGCGAGAAGAGGUCGCGGAAGAGCCUCGCCAUUCCAGGAAGAGAUUCUGGUCGGAGAGAACAUCGAGGUUCAGACCAACAUCUCUUUCCUCGACGCAGCCAAAGGCAUUACCAAGGACAUCCACAUCAACCCUCUGGUCAAGUGCAAAACUUGUGAAGGGAAUGGCUUGAAGAAGGGUCAGUCAAGAUCGACGUGUAAGAGUUGCGAUGGCUCUGGUCAACGGGUACACUUUAUGCAGGGUGGCUUCCAGAUGGCAAGCACUUGUGGAGCAUGCGGAGGUCAAGGUCAGACCAUUCCCAAAAAUGGUGCUUGCGGAAGCUGCAAGGGAGAGGGUGCAGUCCGUGAAAAGAGAACCGUGUCAAUCGACAUUCCUGGAGGUAUCGAGGAUGGCAUGAGAAUGCGUGUGUCACAAGAAGGAGACUUCCCACCGACAGGUCAGGCCGCCAACCCCAAGGCACGAACGGCGAAUGGCGACUUGUAUGUCUUUGUUCGAGUCGCACCCGAUCCAAAGUUCAGCCGCAAUGGGUCAGACGUACUCUACACAGCAUCGAUACCGCUCACGACAGCAAUUCUCGGAGGAGAGAUCCCCAUCCCUACGCUGGAUGGCGAAGUCAAGGUCAAGGUCGCGACAGGCACAGCAACCGGCGACCGCAUCACACUUUCUGGCAUGGGUAUGAGGAAAUUGAACAGUCGACGCGGCAACAACGGAGAUCUACGGGUUGAGUAUAAGGUGCAGAUGCCCAAGUAUCUCAGUGUCAACCAGAGGACGAUUGUCGAAAUGCUCGCAGACGAGAUGAGCGACAAGACGGCCAAGCGCGUGAUGAACCUCGGAAAGAUGGCAGAGGACGCCAAGAAAGAUACAGCAACGAGCGAAGAAGACUUGCACAAGAACGAAGGAUUUCUCAAGUCAGCAUGGCACAGACUUACACACCAGCACGACCACCUGAAGGAGAACGAAGACGCCAAGAAGCAAGAAGAGGACGACAAGAAGAAGUCUGGAUCAAGCUAA